GGUGGUUGCCCCGCGGCCAUGUGCGCCGGCGCCUCCCAGCCAAACCCUGAGCAAAAAUCAGCUUACCUACAAAUGUUCAAGCGAGCGGGAAAUUGGCGCCGUUGAGAGCAAAGGCCUGCCCCAAAACCUGCUAACUAUUCUUUCGAGCCAUAAAUCCUCGUCUUUACUAGCAUUGCCACAUAGAGAUCGCCGCUACUUGACCGCACCUAGCCUUUGUCGCGUAGGUAACUCUGCUUAAGGUACUUAAACCAGCGGUGUGAACACCCCCUCUUCGCCAACACUACGCUUCUGUCCCUCCCACCACACAAACUACUACCGCAACCAUGGCUGCCCGUCCCUCCAACAUCGGUAUCAAAGGCAUUGAGCUCUACAUCCCUAGCCAGUGCGUUGACCAGGCCGAACUCGAGAAGUUCGAUGGCGUCUCCCAGGGCAAGUACACUAUUGGCCUCGGCCAGACCAAGAUGUCUUUCUGCGACGACCGCGAGGACAUCUACUCGCUCGCCCUGACUGCCGUUUCUUCGCUCUUCAAGAAGUACAAUGUCGAUCCCAACAGCAUUGGCCGCCUAGAAGUCGGCACCGAGACGCUCCUCGACAAGUCCAAGUCGGUCAAGUCCGUUCUCAUGCAGUUGUUCGAGGAAUCUGGCAACUUCAACGUUGAGGGCGUGGAUACCGUGAACGCAUGCUACGGCGGAACCAACGCCCUGUUUAACAGCAUAAAUUGGGUCGAGUCCUCGGCCUGGGACGGCCGUGAUGCGGUUGUCGUGGCAGGCGACAUUGCGUUGUACAAGAAGGGCAACGCCCGUCCUACUGGUGGAGCUGGCUGCGUAGCUAUGCUCAUCGGCCCCAACGCCCCUAUUGUUAUGGAGCCCGGUCAGCGCGGCACCUACGUUAGGCACGCGUACGAUUUCUACAAGCCUGAUUUGACGAGCGAGUACCCCAUUGUCGAUGGCCAGUUCUCCAUCAAGUGCUACACAGAGGCCGUAGACGCCUGCUACAAGGCCUACAAUGCGCGAGAGGAGACCCUCAAGUCGCAGAAGAACGGAAACGGUGUAAAUGGCCACUCUCAGGAUCUCGAGACGCCCCUCGACCGAUUCGACCUGAUGGCUUUCCACGCCCCUACCUGCAAGCUCGUCUCCAAGUCGUAUGCGCGUAUGCUCUACAACGAUUACCUCGUAAAUCCUUCGAACCCCAUCUUCGCCGAGGUCCCUGCUGAGCUCCUUGAUAUGGACUAUGCGACGUCCGUCAGCGACAAGACAGUGGAGAAGACCUUCAUGGGUCUAGCGAAGAAGCGCUUUGCGUCUCGUGUCCAGCCCGGCAUUCAAGUCCCCACUCAGUGCGGUAACAUGUACUGCGGCAGUGUAUACGGCAGCUUGUGCAGCUUGCUCGCCAACGUCAAGAGCGAGGACCUGCAGGGCAAGCGUAUUGGCAUGUUCAGCUACGGCAGCGGUCUUGCUUCUUCCUUGUUCUCUUUCAUAGUCAAGGGCAACACCGAGACCAUUGCGAAGCAGCUUGAUAUCCAGAGCCGCUUGGACAGCAGGCGCGUGGUCGCCCCCGAGGUGUAUGAUGAGAUGUGCAACCUCCGCGAGAAGGCUCAUCUCAAGAAGGACUAUACUCCUCUUGGCAAGGUUGAUACCAUCUUCCCGGGUACUUACUACCUUACCGGCAUCGACGGCAUGUUCCGCCGCACCUACGAGAUCAAGCAGUAGAUUUACCAUGAACUGCCACACUCGCGCCACAUUUUCAAUUCAUCUUCAGUUGCAUUCUGGGCAUUUGCAGGGGUCAUUCGAUGAUUCAGCAUAGACUCGUGAGGUUGCACCUUUUCACGCUAGGCGUUUGGACACAUCCGGCCGUAUUGGAGACUGCAGGGCGACGCUAGGACGCGUUAUAUGAAAGUCAUGAGGGAUGAGAUGGAUGGAUAGGAACUGACACAUAGAGUUGUCGAUAUCUGCAUGAUAGUCGACUAAGAGAUUUGCUAUCUUAAUACCUGCUUCACUAGGGAGCUCUACUGUAGAUAGACUAAUAUGAUGUUUACUGAGACUGCUUUGAUUGUUGAUGACCGACGCCUGUAUACUACCAUAAUGGCCAAUCUAUAGUCUUCAAAACAUAGGCACU